AUGACAGCAGAGCAUCCAAAGGCAGAUGAAGUCAAAAGAAAAUUGUCCACCCUAAUAUUCAUAGCUCAGGCCCGGAGGAUGGUGGGACUGUCCCCGGAGGAGCGGGCUCACCCCGGCCGGCCCGGGGCCCCGGAGACGGCAGAGCUGGAGCUAGAGGAGGAGGAGGAGGAGGAAGAAGCAGAGGUGGACGGGGACCUGCUGGAGGAGGAGGAGCUGGAAGAGGAGGACGACGAGGAGGAGGAGGACCAGGACCGGCCGCCGCUGCUGCUGCUCUCGCCGCCCGCCGCCGCCGCCACCUCCCAGGGCCACCCGAUUCCGGGCGGGUCCCUGGGCUCGGUGCUGCUCCCUACCCCGGGCUUCGACGCUCGGGAGGCGGCGGCGGCGGCGGCGGCGGCCGGGGUGCUGUACGGAGGGGACGAUCCCCAGGGCAUGAUGGCGGCGAUGCUGUCCCACGCCUACGGCCCCGGCGGCUGCGGGGGGGCGGCGGCCGCGGCGGCGGCUGCAGCCGCGCUCAACGGGGAGCAGGCGGCUCUCCUCCGGAGAAAGAGCGUCAACACCACUGAGUGCGUCCCGGUGCCCAGCUCCGAGCACGUCGCCGAGAUCGUCGGUCGCCAGGGUUGUAAAAUUAAAGCACUAAGGGCCAAGACAAAUACAUAUAUCAAAACACCUGUUCGUGGUGAAGAACCUAUUUUUGUUGUCACUGGAAGGAAAGAAGAUGUGGCCAUGGCCAAAAGGGAAAUUCUCUCAGCUGCUGAGCACUUCUCUAUGAUUCGAGCAUCUCGCAACAAAAAUGGUCCUGCACUAGGGGGGUUACCAUGCACACCUAAUUUGCCAGGUCAGACUACAGUCCAAGUCAGAGUACCUUAUCGUGUUGUAGGACUGGUGGUUGGACCCAAAGGAGCAACAAUUAAAAGGAUUCAGCAGCAGACCCACACAUAUAUAGUUACUCCAAGCAGAGAUAAGGAGCCUGUCUUUGAGGUGACAGGUAUGCCAGAAAAUGUAGACCGAGCACGUGAAGAAAUUGAAAUGCAUAUUGCCAUGCGUACUGGAAACUACAUUGAGCUAAACGAAGAGAAUGAUUUCCAUUACAAUGGUACAGAUGUGAGCUUUGAAGGGGGCACCCUUAGCUCAGCAUGGCUCUCUUCAAAUCCAGUUCCUCCUAGCCGUACCAGAAUGAUAUCCAAUUAUCGAAAUGAUAGCUCCAGUUCUUUGGGAAGUGGUUCUACCGAUUCUUACUUUGGAAGCAAUAGGUUGGCAGACUUCAGUCCAACAAGCCCAUUCAGCACAGGAAACUUUUGGUUUGGAGAAACACUACCAUCUGUGGGCUCAGAAGAUCUUGCAGUUGAUUCUCCUGCCUUUGACUCUUUACCAACAUCCUCCCAAACUAUCUGGACUCCUUUUGAACCAGUUAACCCACUCUCUGGUUUUGGUGGUGACCCUUCUGGUAACAUGAAGACUCAGCGUAGAGGAAGUCAGCCAUCAACUCCUCGGCUCUCUCCCACGUUUCCUGAAGGCAUAGAACAUCCACUUGCUCGGAGGGUUAGGAGUGACCCACCUAGUACGGGCAACCAUGUUGGCCUUCCAAUAUAUAUCCCUGCUUUUUCUAAUGGUACCAACAGUUACUCCUCUUCCAAUGGUGGUUCCACGUCUAGUUCACCUCCAGAAUCAAGACGAAAGCACGACUGUGUGAUUUGCUUUGAGAAUGAAGUUAUUGCUGCCCUAGUUCCAUGUGGCCACAACCUCUUCUGCAUGGAAUGUGCCAACAAGAUCUGUGAAAAGAGAACGCCAUCAUGUCCAGUUUGCCAGACAGCUGUUACUCAGGCAAUCCAAAUUCACUCUUAA